UGACAGAGAGGGCGAGUGAAAUGCGAACAAGAGAUGUGUCCCAAACUGAACUGCACUAAUCAGACCACAAUCGCCGGUUCCUGUUGUCCCGUCUGUUCCAACCAAUUAGGAUGUUAUUUAGAGGGCGACAAGAAAUUUCAUUUGGCUGGCAGUCGAUGGCACCCAUAUCUGCCACCAUUUGGUUUCGAUAAGUGUUCCCUCUGUACUUGUCUGGCCAAUUCUCUAACAAUACAGUGCGAGAGGAAUAUCGACUGUCCGGCGCUUACAUGUGCUGAACAGGAAGCCUAUCGUGAGAAUCCCAUGGAUUGCUGCAAACGCUGUCCCAAUGCACUUCCAGUCAAAUCGAUUGUAUCGGUCGAUCAGUUAGGAGACCAGCGAUCUAUUGGCGGUGUAUUGAAAAGUCCGCACGAAUUGAUGGCUGUGGGAGGCUGUAAAUUCCGGGGAAGAGUGUAUCCCAAUGGAGAUGAAUGGCAUCCAACGGUACAGCCAUUCGGCGAAGUAAAGUGUGUUAAAUGUCGGUGUAAGGAUGGUCACUCGAAAUGCAAACGAAUUAUAUGUCCAAAAAUAACUGCCUGUAGUAUUGUCAUCAAUAGGAAUAACGAAUGCUGUCCCAUAUGUGCCGAUGACAUGGAUGGUAUGAUGAUGAAGAAUCAACCGGAAAACCCGGUCCACAACCGGAAACGGGGCGGAAAGAAGCGGCGGAGGAAUAACGGACGGCGCGCUUUGCACCGACCGAUCCAUAAAAGUGAACCAAUUGCUGAUAAAAUGGUUGCUUAAUAGCAUAUAAUCUGAAAUAAUUACAAAGAUAUGAAUCCAAUAUAAUAUUAAUAACAAGAAGAACUAAUGCAAGAGUUAACCAGUAUUUGAGUCACAAAGACAUACAUUUUUAUCGACAAGAAUAUGAUUGAUUUGUUUGAUUUAUUUGAAUAUCCUUUCGAUGUAUUGUCAAUCAAACAAUCUCUCAAUCAAUUGUCUCACACUUUUUCAA